UCUGUUCAACCGACAUUAACUGACGCAGAGAUUUUAUAUUUCUUCGUCGGCGAAAUUAAACCUUAUCAAAAGUGAUAAAAAUACGUUAGAAGGUCAACAAGGCUUCUUGGCAUAUUGUACAUUUCUUCUUCUUCUUAUAUUGUGUGGGUUGUGAGGUGGAUUACCAACCUCAUCAACCCUGAUGUCAGGUUUACCAUUGAGCCGCCACAUGCCCCUGACAUGACUCUUGUAUUGACUGCGUACUGACAUCAUUUCAGUUAAUCUACUGGGCAAUAUUUGUCCAGCAAGAUGUACUGUGAAUUUUGUGGUGACGUGGAUGACCAUUAUGACGAGAAUGGUGAGAUCAGCCACUAUGCCAGUCCCAAACAUAUGUGUAAUGUGAUAUUGAAGCAUUACAAUGAUAACAAGAAGUUUUUCGGUUCGAAUAAAGAAGGAAUCUUCAUUUUUUGUAAUGCUGAAAGUAAGAAGAAAGAAGAUGCACCCAUUACAAAAAUUGAAAAUACUGAUCGUCGUAAAAUAAGGGUCAAUGCGCAACCGAAUCAGCGGGUGAAGUUUUCGUUCCUGCUGCGCAAUGAAAUGAGGAAUGAUGACGUAUUGAUCGUUGGGAUCCAGCUGGCUCAUCCCCAGCCGCAGUUCUUUAUCCGCGACCACCCCUAUGAGUUUGGAGGAGAACCUCAUGUCUUGAAAACUAAAUCAAGUAUUGAGAAUGCCGUGUCGAUAAACUUCAGAGCGGCUGACAUCGGACAGUUCGAGAUGCCCAUCAUGUUCACAUUCCACAGACCUAGAGAUAAGAAGAACAUUAUAUUCGUCAGGGAAAUGGUGAUCAAUGUACAAGAAUGUAUAAUUGUCAUCAAGCCUCCUAGAAAUCCAUUUGCAAACGCAUACAUGUCUCGCGCAAAGGAAUUCAUCAAAUGCACUGAACAUAUACCCUACGAAGUAAAUUUUAAGAUUCCUAAACUUCUCAAGAUACUCCUACCCGGAGGCUUAAAUGAAGACGCCAUAGAUAAAUUGAUAGUUGAGCAGAGCGUUAGGGAAGAACUACGUUUAAUACUGAAUAGUACCAGGGCCAUAUUUGAGGAAGGUAUUACUGAAGACAAUUAUCGAAUGUAUUUCCAUUAUCUGCUUUGGUGGGAAGAAAUUAUAACCAGGAUUAAUUUAAGGAAGUACAACAUGUCUGAUGUGACCAUUGACCUGCGCGAAGAUUUGACAUAUUGGCUUGAAGUGCCAGGUUUGGCUGAAAAACGACCUUCUCUCCUAAGAGGCGAUCGAGUCUUCAUACGACCUAACGAAAAUUUGGACAUUUUAUUCGAAAGUAUUAUUGGCAAUAUCAAAGAAAACAGUAUUCAGCUUUGCAAACUUGAUGAGAGGUUUGAAAAGUACUACAACCAAGAUGCGUUGUACAACAUUAGGUUCUUGAUGUCUCGCAUUCCUAUGGAGAGAAUGCACGCAGCAGUGUCGAGAGUGUUCGACCCGGCCAACCAGGGUUGCCGAAUAUUCCCGAAACCCGUCAGUAAACCAAUAGCAGUGCAGCCAAUUUCUAAGUUCUACAACAAGGUAAUAAGAGACAAUGAUGAGCAACGUUCAGCAGUAGAACACGUCGUGUCCAAGACGUCGGGGUUGGCUCCGUACAUCGUGUUUGGGCCCCCUGGCACCGGCAAGACCAUGACCAUAGUCGAGGCUAUCAUACAGAUAGUGGUGAAGAAUCCGAAGCACCGCGUGCUGGUGUGCACUGACUCUAAUAUGGCCGCCGACCAUAUCGCACUAAUGCUACUAAAAUACAACGAGGAGCUAAACAUCAACAAAUUCAUUCUGCGAGCUAACUCACAAAACCGCGAAUGGAGCAUCAUGCCGCCGGAGCUAGUGGCGGUAUCCAACGGCUCCAGCUACGAUACCUUCUACACCGUCACCAACGACUACGCGUCCAUGUAUCACAUCCUCGUCACCACGCUGCUACACUGCGCCAAGUUUGCCAAUGAUUCAAACCAGUCGAAGUGUAAGCUGCAGAUGAGCCACGUGUUCGUGGACGAGGCGGCGCAGGCGAAGGAGCCGGCGGCGCUGGUGCCGAUCACCGGGCUGCUGGCGCCGCGCGGGCAGCUGGUGCUGGCCGGGGACCCGCAGCAGCUCGGGCCCGUGUGCAUCUCCAGAGAGGCCGCCAAACGAGGGCUGGGUGAAUCCCUUUUGGAGCGUUUGUGGAAUACUUAUAAAAACCUGUAUGACGAUAACCCAAACUAUAUAACUACACUGGUGCAAAACUUCCGCUCAGACCCUGAUAUACUUCACAUUCCCAAUUCGUUGUUUUACACGGAUAAACCAUUGCAGCCCAAGGCCAAGCCGGACCCUCUGAGCAAGGUGAGCAUCCUGGGCCUGAUGGGCGGCGACCGUGCUGUCGUCUUCCACUCCGUCAACUCCCGGGAACAGAGGAUGGGCAACGCCCCCAGUUACUUCAACGAGAAGGAGUUAUUGAUGUUGCAGCGAUACAUGAGAGCACUGGUCAACGAUCACGGAGUAUCGCCCUCAGAUAUUGGAAUCAUCGCUCCGUACAUCAGACAGGUAUACAAAAUGCGUGAUUGGCUGAAGCAGAACUCGUACGAGGAGGUGGAGAUCGGCACUGUGGAGUCGUUCCAGGGCAAGGAGAAGCGCGUGGUGCUCGUAUCGACCGUGCGGGCCAACUGCCGCCUGCUCGACUACGACGCCAAGUACGGGCUCGGCUUCCUCGUCGACGACAAAAGGUUUAACGUGGCCCUGACGCGGGCUAAGGCGAAGCUGAUCAUCGUAGGUAACCCGGCGUGCCUGAUUCGCGACGUCAAAUGGCGAAUGUACAUGGAAUACUGUAGAGACCUCAACUGUUACUUCGGCCAGGAAACCGAGCAGCUGCAGCGCAGUGCCGCGCUGUUGUCCCAGGUGGCGCGCACCAACUUCGAAAGGUGCCGCCUCUCCGAAUUUCUCGACCACGCUAUUAAGAAAAACGAUGAAAACAAGAAAAAGAGGGAGAAUGCCGUUUUCUAGGUGCUGCCCAUGGAUAUCUAUCCGUACUUAGCUAAGUAGUUAUGUCGCUACAUAACCCGUGCGGAAUAACUAGACAUCUCGCUGACACAUUUCCUCACUUCCCCUGCUACUAGUUCGCCCUAACCCACUAAACGUGACAUGAUACUGCCGGUUUUGAUCAGUAGACGCAGCGAAUGUUGUCUACGUAAAAAAGUACGGCUAUUGAUCGCACCCCGCGGUAUUUGUCGCGCUGCGUGCGAUGGCGUAACCGUGUAGACCCCGCAGUGCGAGGUGUCUAGUUAAUUCGCACUGGUUGACUUUCUAAAUUUGGUCUGUUAAAUUUCCCAAAACAUUAGUUUGUUCAUUACUUUUUGUAUGUUAUGUAUACUUUAUUCUUACACUUUUAACAUAUUUAAAUUUUACCGUGAGCAUAAACCCUUUUCAAGAUGAGAUCCUCGGCACUCGCAGCAUGACACACGCGACGCGACAUAUACCGCUGAAUUCCACCAUUAGAUGCAGCUUAUUAUGUCUACGUAGAUACAGCUCGUACGGUUAUACGUAGAUAACACACGUUGCUCUAAUUUUUCUAUCGUGUGGCUAGUGAAGUGACCUACCAACCUCAUCAACCCUGGUGUUAGGGUUAUUAUUGAGCCGUCAAUGGUCCCUGACAUUCAUGUAACAACCACUUACUAACAUCAGUAAGUAGUAACCGGGACCAACGGCUUAACGUGCCUUCCGAAGCACGGAUUAUCUUACUUUUUGGACAAUCAGUUGGUCCUAACCUAAUCAAACUAGGGAUUACAAAGUCACAAGUAGAGGAGUAUUUAGAAGGUCUCUGUUAAAUACCAUAGAAUCUGUCCAAUAUACGUACUUAAAAGUAUAAUAUUUACAUCAAAGAAGGGAUUGUAUACAUAUAUUAUUGAACAAAUUAACUCACAAAGAAUACCAUAUACAGUACUGAAUUUAUAUGCAAGAAUGACAUUUACAAUUGACAAUUAAUGUGUAUUUUUUAUUUUAUUAUUAUUUUUGAUGUAUUGUUUAAGUUUUAAGUUAUAGUUGAUGAGAUAUUGUGAUACGAAUGUGUUAAAGACUAGAAUUUAUGAUACAUAGAUAUAAGUAAAUUAGCAUAAGUACAUAAAAAUAUUAAUAUUACUUCAUGUGACACUGGACGUCGUGGAAAUAACAUCUUUUUUAAGUUUUUACCUAAUCUAAAAUGAUCGUAAUAUUCUUUGUUCCAUUUUUCGUACGUUUUACCUUUUCCGUUUGUGUUUUAUGUGGAGAUUAUAGUUGGAUAAAAAAUAUAUAACCAAGUAAAAAAUAAGUAUACUUAGUUGUAAAUAUAAGUAGAACGACUGUGAUUACCGCGGGAAUUAAUGUUUAUUGUAUAACAGUUCAUACAAAGAGAUUAUAACGCAUUAAAUGUGCUAGUGGUGACAUAUUUGCGUAUAAAAACCGCCUAGCGGCUAAAUCUUGAACUAGCGCUUAAUAAUACCUAUUUUAUCUAUACAGUACCUAUAUAAUUACUAUAUAAUCUGUGGAAUUUAUCUUAUUAUAUGAUUUGGUAGAGAAUAAGUGCAUAGAUAAGUUUGCUAUAUGAAAUGUGCAACUUUGCUCUUAAGUUUUACAUAAACUUAGAUAUAUAACGGGGUCAGUACAUUUAAAAAAUAACGUUAAUCGGUAUUUAUGACUGUACAUAACUGUACAACAUACAAGUCUGAUAAAAUGUCAUCGUACUUAUUUUGAGAUUUUAUACAAAAUGUUUAUGCCUUUGUUUGAGAAUAGUUAUUUGUUUUACAAGAGAAAAGUUAUGUUUAAUACGCGAGUGCCGAAUUAACAUUCCAAGCUUGCGAAGUAAUCUAAAGCACGCUUUAGAUUACCAAGACGAAUCAAAUUUCGUGUGAAACAUACAACUGUCUACCUGUGCCAGCGAGAAGUUAUAGUUAGUAAUUGGAUGCACUCGCGCACAUUAUGCUCCUUAAAUCACAAAAAGGUUCCAAACAAUGUAAUGCUCAAAGAAAACAUUCGACAUUUGAAUUGCGCCAUUUAGUUUUAACGUUUUUUUCUUUUUAAUUUUAUGAGUAACAUUUUUAUCUAUACCAAACAUUAUCUAUUUUUAAGCAACUGAUAUGUUUAUUAGUAUUUAUUUUAAAUAUUUUUUAAAGAAUAUACAAAAUUACGCGAGUUUACACUGCAGAUCAGGCUGUAUGGCUGUUCCCUUGCGUUACGAAUAUAAAAUUUAAAAGCUAAUUUGACUCUUUAAUGGAUAAAAACACACUUUUUAUGCAUGAAAAGCAAUUUUUUCAGUUUUUUUUAUUGUUUUAUGUUAUUUUUUUAAUUACGUACCGCCACGACGCUCGCCUACCAAAUAACAUGUUUGUCUUUUGUUUGACAUGUUAUCACAAAAUUUAUUACCACUCGGUAAUAGAUUUUCUAUACUUUCUGCCUCCUUUUAAAAAAAGGAAGAAAUCAUUAUCAGGGUAGGUGUAUUGUAUAUUCAAAGGGUAUGUUGUUCUGUUGUAAUGUUAUAUUUUUAACUUACCUACCAUUUUUAUAAAAUUAAAAUCUAUUAGGUUAAAUUUUUAAUACUUUUUAUUAUCUAAUUUUUGUUUAUUACAUAAUUGUAAGUUUUAGUGACUUUAUCACGACAUAUUAUUAUAUUUUUAGAACUUUGAUACAAUGACAUUUUUACUUCUAUGAAAAUUUUAAUGUGGAAAUUAUGCAUGAAUAAAUAAUAAACAUGAUAUUUGAAUGUG